ACAGAGUGAAAAAUUGAAUAAACAUCUAUUUCCUCUUCCACCAUCGAAGCGUUUCUUUUUCUCGAAGAUUUGAGCAAGCGUUGAGAAGGAGCAACUACUGUAAAUUGCAAGUCACUAAGUGAGUUUUAAGAAAUGCCUAACUUUGUUCGUUCGUCUAAAUUUCGACAUGUGUUCGGCACUGGGUCAAAGAAGGAUCAUUCCUACGAAGGUAUGCGAGUGACCAGAAAUUCAUGGGAAGCGCCGUAUUGUGCUGUAAAUCCAAAAUUUAUCGCCAUCGUCUUGGAGUCGGCAGGCGGUGGAAGUUUUCUUGUUCUGCCUUUGGAAAAGGUUGGCCGAGUGGACCUUAAUGCUCCCAAAGUUGCUGGGCACAAGCAAGAUGUUUUGGAUAUAGCCUGGAGCCCAUUUAAUGAUAAUCUAAUUGCCUCAUCUUCUGAAGAUACAACAGUUAAAAUCUGGCAGAUUCCUGAUGGUGGACUUUUGGACAACAUCACCGAGCCAUUGUUAACACUUGAAGGUGUUCACCAGCGACGGUGGCUACUGGCUUGGAACCCAGUAGCUGAGAAUAUCUUGCUUAGUGCUAGUCAUGAUAAUGUUAUGGCCGUGUGGAAUUUGGAGACAGGAGAAGCUAUUAAUGUUAUUGAUUGUCAUCCAGAUUUAAUUUACAGCAUAUCGUGGAAUCAUACUGGUAGUCUUGUUGCCACAACAUGCAAAGACAAAAAAUUACGUAUAAUUGACCCACGUAGUGGUGAUGUCAAACAGGAGGGUAAAUGUCAUGAAGGUGCAAAACCCCAAAGAGUAGUGUUUUGUAGUAACUUGGGUUUUCUUUUCACUACUGGAUUUACAAGAAUGAGCAAAAGGGAAUGGGCUGUUUGGGAUCAGAAAAAUUUGGAGAAACCUUUGGAGUUGAAUGAGCUUGACAACAGUAAUGGUGUAAACUUUCCAUAUUAUGAUCCAGAUACGAAGAUGGUAUAUCUUGUUGGAAAGGGUGACAGCGUCAUUCGAUACUAUGAGUUGGUACAAGAUGCACCCUAUUGCCACUACCUCAGCACAUAUCAAAGCUCUGACCCUCAAAAGGGGUGUGCUUUUAUGCCAAAACGAGGCUGUAAUGUAAACCAUAAUGAAGUUGUUCGAGUAUUCAAACUUCAUAGUACGAAAGCGAUCUGUGAGCCAAUCAGCUUCACCGUUCCACGAAAGUCGGAGCUGUUUCAAGAUGAUAUUUUUCCUGAUACUGCCUCUGAUGAGCCAGCGUUAACGUCUGACGAGUGGAUUGCUGGAAAAAAUAGCGAACCGAAAACAAUUUCAUUGAAGGAAGGUUUUAAACCAAAGGAGAAAAGUUCUUCGUCAAUUGGAAAGAAAAAUGUCCUAGCUGGCUUGAGUUCGUCAAGAGUUUCCAAAUCUGAUAGCAGUACUGAUAACGCUGACGUAAAAAGCCUGGUUGCUGAAGUUGCCUCGUUGAAGAAACGCGUUGCAGAAAAUGAAAAAGAAAUUGCUCAAUUGAAAUCAGACGUAAAAGAGCUCAAAGGGCGAUAAUUUACCAUCGUCACGCUGAUGUUACAUGGCCAUUUUAAAUUGAAAUUCAAGUAAAUACAAACAACAUGAGGACAGUUUUUGAUAAAUAUCGAACGUAAACUGAGUAACGCUUGUCAGAAAACUGAGUCAAAGUGAUGUUAAUUAAUUAUGUAAAAUUUCUGAAAUAAAUAACUGUUUUCGUAGAAUUGUUAUAAAAA